GAGGGGGAGAGAGAAAGGGGCGAUUGAAGGGAAGACACGCAGGGGAAAAGAUCUUUAGAUACUAUAUUUAUUUUUAGACCUAGGAAGGCAUCCCCCAGAAGAUUGGUCCAAUGAACAUGUCAGUGUUGACUUUGCAAGAAUACGAAUUUGAAAAGCAAUUCAACGAGAAUGAAGCCAUCCAGUGGAUGCAAGAGAAUUGGAAGAAAUCUUUUCUGUUUUCAGCUCUAUACGCUGCCUUUAUAUUUGGUGGUCGGCACCUAAUGAACAAACGAGCAAAAUUUGAACUGAGGAAACCACUAGUGCUCUGGUCCCUGAGCCUUGCAGUCUUCAGUAUAUUUGGUGCUGUUCGAACUGGUGCUUAUAUGCUGUACAUUCUGAUGACCAAAGGCCUGAAGCAGUCAGUGUGUGACCAGAGUUUUUACAAUGGACCUGUCAGCAAAUUCUGGGCUUACGCGUUUGUGCUAAGCAAAGCACCCGAACUAGGAGAUACAAUAUUCAUUAUUCUUAGGAAACAGAAGCUCAUCUUCCUGCACUGGUACCACCACAUUACGGUGCUGCUUUAUUCUUGGUACUCUUACAAGGACAUGGUGGCUGGCGGUGGCUGGUUUAUGACCAUGAACUAUGGGGUCCACGCCGUUAUGUACUCUUACUAUGCCUUGCGGGCUGCUGGCUUCAGAGUCUCACGCAAGUUUGCCAUGUUCAUCACCUUAUCACAGAUCACUCAGAUGUUGAUUGGUUGUGUAGUUAAUUACCUGGUCUUCUCCUGGAUGCAACAGGGGCAGUGCCACUCCCAUGUUCAGAACAUCAUCUGGUCUUCUCUCAUGUACCUCAGCUACUUCCUGUUAUUCUGCCAUUUCUUCUUUGAGGCCUACAUCGGCAAAACCAGAAAAGCAAGGAAGGCUGACUAGUGGUAUAAACAAGACAGAAGCCAUAGCUCAGGGUCAUCAAGAAAAACAAAAUAAAAACAAACAAAAGAAAAUGGCACAAGGAAACAUGUAUGGUGCAGCUAAAACUCGGCAGCUUAGGGACAGCUAGGUUGGUUUAAACCAGUAAGUUUAUGAUCCUAUCAUGGUGAGGACUCACUGAAUUCUACUCCAUCUCAAAGGACUGCUGAGGAAAGACAUCUUCCUUCUUGUACCUGUCAGCUCUGAAAAAGGAAGGAAAAUAACAUUUGUGGGGGGGGAAAUAAGCGUUGUUCUUCCCCAAAGAUGGAAGAAAGACUUUUAUUAAAAACAAAUUAUUUCUAUAUCCUUUCUAAUCUUUUUUCUGCAUUAAAUUUGAACAAAACAAAGCAGAGAGCAAACUGUUUGUGUCUGAUACCAGUACAGUUACAAAAUUAAAAACUUUAUCCUAAAGGGUUGACAUGUUUACCCCGAAAAUGAAAAGUGAAUGGCUAUCUUGAAUGUUUAUUAUGGAAAGUCAUUGAACUCCAUUGCAGUAGUGAAUGUAGUGGAUAAAAGAUUGAUUUCCCCAUUCUGUACUAUGCUGUGCAUGCAGAUCUGGUAUGCAACAUCAAUGCUUUGAGCAGGCAGAGGGAACCAGUAAUUUUACAAGAUUUUAAUGUGAUGAGAUGUGCUGUUGCAAUACAUAUCAUAUCUCAGAGAGUGCUUUUUCCAAGUGCAUCAGAGUCAAGGAAUUUCUGCAGCAGAAUAAUACAGAGGGUUAAAUCAAUCUCUGUUAAAUCACCUGGGGCUAGCAACAGAGCAGUGGGUGGGGAGGGUGAGGGAGAGAACCCCCAAAUAUUUUUAACAAUUAUCUGCGAGUCUCAGAUUAAUCAGCAGUAUAAUAGAAGUUGAAGAAAAUGAAGGUGGGGAGGAAUCAGAAGAAAAUCUAGAUAGCUAGAGAUAGGCACUCUCUCUAUCUACAGAAUAGAGCCCUGUGGUACAGCACAUCUUUUAUAUUUUUGUGAACUUCAGAAAAAGAUCUCUGCAACCUUAAUAGCAUUCGGCAGGACUGUAUGUGACCUUGGGUAACACUGUGUUUCUGCAUUUGCUUCAUGAGCAAUGCAAAGAUGUUUAAAGUGCCCUCCUCUGGUCAUGUGGAGAUACUACAACAAAACAUACUUGGAAUAGUUUUUCUUGAGACUUGUAUAGAAAAAUUAGUCUAAAUGAAAUAAUUUUGCUGCAACCGCUUAACUCUAAUGUCCGGAGAGAAUUAUCCUUAAUUAAGAACAAUCUGUACUGUAGCAUCCGGCUGAGCACUUAAGAAGACAUCCUGUUCUCAAGUCAGCUACAGAUAGAAGAAAAGGUAUUUCACUCUGAACCUCAGAGAGAGUUAGUUGAUAAGAGCCAUAUUCUUUCAAAGAAAAGUAGAUUGCAUUAUCUGUAACAUUUCAGUCCUUACAAAGCCAAAUAAAAUGUGUACAAGUUCCUAGUAUUUAAAAAAAGCAAGUAUGUAAACUUGAUGUUAAAUGUGUUAAUGUAGUAUUCUAAAUUGUAUCAGUUUGGUAGUUUGACUAAACAAUUAGAAGAACUAGAUGAACAGAAUAGGGGUUGCUGUUCUGCAUAGAAUAUACACAACUACACCCAUAUACACGUUAUGUGACUUGUCAACAAGAAAAAAGUCCAGUGGAAGAGAAUCACAUUUUCUGGCUAAUGCAAAAGUUGUCAUUAUCUUUCUUGCUUUAAUUUGAGAUUGUACAGUACAAAGUAUUAUUAUUAUUAUUUUGGCUUUAAUUGUGCUGACAUUCAUAAAAACAGAGCUGCUUAAUAUCCUAUUAGAGACGAGAAGGGCUUUCAGUGUCUCAUUAUGUGAAGAAGAAAAAAAAUAAAGUUACAUUCCGUAUUAUGUGAAUGCUUUUAAAAGAAUCAGAAAGUCCUUGGGGGCCUAUCCAUAACUAUAACAAGCAGAAAAACAAGUUUACAUGUGUGUUACUUACGUUAUUGAUGUUCUGGCCUUAUUUUAUGGUACACAACCAACAGCAAAAUGUGAUAUUCAGUAAUGAAGAUAACGUGAGCUUAAAUGAUAGAACUACUGUAUAAGAGCUAUUAGACAAAAAGAAUUAAAUGUGUAAACGAUGGUAUUUCACAGUUUUGGAAGUAGAUAAUUAUAAUGCACAAUAAGCUGUUUUCUCCUGCUUAAUUUUUGCCCGGGCUUAAAGGUAGCAGUAACUGAAGAGAAGCAAAAUCAUUAAGGAUGAAAAAGACAAAAUUAAACUUGAAUUCAGUCAGAACAGAAGCAUCAGUAACAAGCCAACAAUUGUGCCAUUCAGAUGUUCAGUUCUGUGUUUCUAUGGUCUCUAAUCAUUUCUAUGCAGGCUGAAAUAAAAAGGAGGUGAAAGUGACCCACAUGUCUUUUGAAAUUAGGGGUGAAAUCCUGACUCCACUGAAAUCAAUAGUUUUGCCAUUGACUUGAAUGAGGCUAACAUUUUCACCCUAUAAUGCCACUUCUUUUAUCUGAAUAAUGGGAAAAAUUGCAUUCAUUUUAAUUUAUUUUAUGUUUAUUUAAAGGCUCAAUAAACAUUACAAAUAAGAAGCUAGACCAUAGGUAGGUAAAGUAUUAUGGGCUAAUCUCAGUGGUUUAAUAGAGGGGAAAUAAUACAGUAGGCUUUUUAAAAACAAUUAUUUCUAUGCAGUAUUUUCAAAAAAUAUACAGUAUUUUACACAUUUUGUUUAAUUUGUCAAGAUGAAAAACAAAUGAUACUGUAUUUAAACAUAUAGGACGAGAUUGAAAUCCUGGGAGUUUUGCCAUUUACUUAAACAAAACCAGAAUUUCACGCAGUGAGUAAUACUUUACUCCUCUACGAAUACAUCUACAGAGCAAAUGAAGUUGCGAGUAUAGCAUGGGUAGGCAUAGAUUAAAGCUAGCGUGGGUAACAGUAGUGAAGGUGUGGUAGUAAGGAGUUCAGCAUGGGCUAGUAAUCCAAGUACAUACCGAGGUCCCCAAAGUCAAUGGGAACUAGGGUGACCAGAUGUCCCAAUUUUAUAGGGACAGUCCCGAUAUUUGGGGUUUUGU